AUUCGCAAAGCCGACAAAAAAGGGGCUAGCCGUGAAAGCCGCGGCUGUACGGCGGUUCGAAUAUAAUACGUGCUUGUACUUGUGCUACGCACAGCCUUGUACAAAAGCACGCUGCGCAAGAGCCAGCGAAAGCACCUGCACAGCUCCACAGCCUCCACUGGCGCUCGCGGGUCUCCGGCGAGAUAGCAAAAAGUCGCAUCAAACGCAAUGGCCUCCUUCGCCGCCGCCUUCGCCGACGUCGCGCCAAUCGAGCAGGACGACGGCCCGGCGCCCGUCUGCGCGAUCGCGUACGCGCCGGAGUACGCGCGACUGAUGGGCUUCUUCCGAGCUAUUCUAGAAAGUAACGAGCGGAGCCCGAGGGUGCUGGAAUUAACAGCUGCUUUAGCGGAGCACAAUGCCGCCCACUAUACCGUGUGGCACGUCCGCCGAGAAUGCUUGUGGGCGCUGGCUUCGAAUGAUGCCAGCAUCCUUACGGACGAGUUGCGCUACUCCGCGGAAGUAGCCAGAGAGAACCCGAAAAAUUAUCAGAUCUGGUACCACCGACGCGCAUUGGUGGAAAAGAUCGGGCAGGCCGCGGCGGCCGACGAGCUCGCAUUGAUCUCUACCGCGUUGCGAGACGACGCGAAGAACUACCACGCGUGGUCGAACCGCCUCUGGGUCCUCAAGACGUAUGGUGGAUGGGCCGGCGAGCUCGAAUUUUGCACGGCUUUGCUCGAUGCGGACGUCUACAACAACUCGGCCUGGAACCACUUGUAUCAAGUCAAGGCGCAGCUGGGCUGCGACCCAGUGGAAGAGGUCCGUUCGACGCUGGAACGUUUAAAUCAUGCGCGCGAGAACGAAUCCGCGUGGGUCUAUGCGCUGGCCUUCGCGAAGUCUGAUGAACGCGCGGCCGCGGCGCUGCUGGCGCACUGCGAAGGCGCUGAGGGCGUCCGAUCUCAAAUGGCGCUCGUGGAAUUACUAAAGACGAGCGACCCGGGGCGCGCCUCUACAAUCGCGCGGCGCCUCGCCGAGCUCGACGCGACGCGGGCGAGGUACUGGCGGCGGCGCGCGGAGGGGCUGGGUAAUGGCACGUGAG